UAUUGUGCUCUCAGAAACGUGGCCAGAUAGAGACGGCCAUAAACCUGUAUUAUAUUAGCUGCACUUGGAUCUCACAGCACUGAGAGAAUUGCAGCUGAAGAGUUAGUACAGACCAACAUUGGUAGGCAAGUUCCCUGUUAAAAAAGUGAGUCUUUGGAGAUUUUCGACAAGAUGAGAAAAUUGUUCUUCUUGGUUCUCACCAUAACAGCUUCUUUAGCUUUUGCCAGUCCACUAGUUCAGGAUGAGAAGCUUCCUGAUCUAGUGGUGAAGGAGCCAGAGGUUGAGAAAGAACUGACAGUAGAGCGCAAAGAAGAAGAAGCAGGUUCCCUGGUGCAGGAUAAAGCUGUUGCAGAUUCAGUGUUGCUGGAGCCCGAGACAACAGAGAAAAAAAGAGUACCAGAAGAGACACGAGUGAUGUUGGAGGAACCUGUGCUAGUGGCAGAUUACCUCAUUGAAGAGGUGCCAGAGACAAUACUACAGCCUGAGCUGGAAAUAACCGCCACUGGGCUGGACAAAAACAUUGUGGAGGAAGUUGUAGCAGAGUUAGAGUCUGAAACAAAUAUUAAAGUGGACGAAAAAGAAGAAAAUGUAGUGAAGGAGGUGCCUACACUUGAGGCUGACUAUAUUAUAGCUGAAGAUCCAGAAAUGCAAAUGGACCUGGAAGGGAAAGAUGAAGGACACCGCAUAUUUUAGCUUAGAUGUGUGGGGAAAAGAAAGAUAUGUGUGAUAAAACCAAUUAUACGAAUUGUAUACAUCAUCUGGAGGCUGAAUAAAUAAGCUUUGCAUUGAUGUACGGUUUGUUAAAUAUCGUGACAAUAUUUGGCAGAAAUACAACUAUUUGAAGAUCUUGAAUCUGAGGGUGCAAGAAAAUAAAAAAAAUGUCCUUAUAAUUUUGGAAAUGACGUCCUUAGCUUGGCAUAUCACUAAUAAAAAAUUGGUUUUGAUAUAUUUACAGUAGGAAAUGUAAAAACAAAAAUUUUCAUGGAACAUGAUCUUUAUUAUAUUAUAUAUAUUCUAAUGAUUUUGGCAUAAAAAAUUAUUUUGACCCAUACUGUUUAUUGUUGGUUAUUGCUACAAAUAUACCCCUGCUACUUAUGUCUGGUUUUGACCCGGGCCAGGGUCACAUAUGGAAAGAUGACUGUAUCCUCGGGGUGGUGGACCUGUCAAGGAGUUGUGGUGUAUAGAAUUACCUGCAAAUAAUGAAUGUACCUUUUCAACAAACAUAUAAAAAUUUCAAUUGAAACCGAAACUGAAAAUGUCUUUGAAACUGAAAAAUAAAAAAAUGUAUUAAUUGCG